AUGGCGAUCGAGCUGGCGGUGGAGCUGAUCGGGGCGGUGGCCUUUGUGCUCGGGGUGGACCUCGUGACGGCGGGGCUGUAUGCAGUGGUGCCGGGUCCGCGCGUGAAAGGGUAUGCUUGCGAUCGGGCGGGGGAGCCGCUGCCGUACGUCUUGAAUGGGCUGCGGGUGUACGUGGCGGGCUUGAUGCUGGUUUACUGGCUGCACCAAUUGGAGCUGGUGCCGCUCGACUACAUUGCCACGCACUUUUGGUCUGUGGCCAUGGCUGCCAACGUCGUGGGGCUGGUGACAGCGCUGGGUUUGGUGUUGUGGGGCCUGCGCCCGGGUCGCUAUCAGGGUGCACGCCGAUGCUUGACGGCCGAUCAGGCUGGUAAUGCCGCAGCACGGGCUGAGUUUGAACGGCCUCAUGAAGCACGCGAGCAGACCUUUGGCUUUCACUAUUACACCGGGACCGAGUUCAACCCUCGCUUCGGUGCUCUUGACAUCAAGAUGUACUUGUAUUUGGUCGGGGCGUUGCUGCUCCACGUGACACUGCUUUCUGCGCUGGCUCGCCACGUGGACAUGCAGCCAGAUGGUGCACCUAGCAGGGCCAUGGUCAUUUACCAGGCCAUGUUUGCAUGGUUCAUUGUUGAGUACAUUUACCACGAGCACGUUCAUUUGUACACCUACGAUCUCUUUGCGGAAAAAGUGGGCUUCAAGCUGACUUGGGGCUGCUUGGUGUUUUACCCCUUUUUCUAUUCGGUGGGCGUUUGGUCGCUGGUGCCGGCCCUCACGCCCGAGGCGGACCUGAGCAUCACCCAAUGUUUGCUGGUGGCCGUCCUCUUCCUCGUGGGCUGGAUCAUGACGCGGGGCGCCAACAUGCAAAAAUACUACUUUAAGCUCGAUCCACGUGCCUCGUUCUUGGGCGUGCGGCCGGUGACCGUGCCGGGCACGCGCAUCCUUUGCUCGGGCUUUUGGGGCGCAAGCCGCCACCUCAAUUACUUGGGCGAGAUCCUUCAGGGCCUGGCGCUGGCCCUGCCUGGAGUGCUCGCUACGGGCUCAUUGUGGCCGCUCUUGUAUCCGGCCUACUAUGUCGCCCUCUUUAUUCCCCGCCAAAUCGAGGACGAUGAGAUCUGUGCGGCCAAGUACGGCUCCAAAUGGGCUGAAUACGUGCGACGCGUUCCCUAUCGAAUCAUCCCCUUCAUCUACUAG